UCCGCCGCCGCCGAGUUCCGCCCGCUCCGCACCCGCGCYCGGGGGUUCCUGGUGCCGGUCCGGCCCCACCAUGGCUCUCGCCGGGCGACGCGACGCGCCCGAGCCGCCCGACUUCGGCAUCUUGAAGCGGCUGGCGCGGGACCAGCUCGUCUACCUGCUGGAGCAGCUCCCCGGSAAGAAGGACCUGUUCAUCGAGGCCGAUCUGAUGAGCCCCCUGGACCGCAUCGCCAACGUGUCCAUCCUGAAGCAGCACGACGUGGACAAGCUGUACAAGGUGGAGACCCGGCCGGCUGCCGGCGCCAGCGACCAGUUCUGCUUCCUGGUGCGGCCGCGGGUCAGGACGAUGAGGUUCAUCGCCGAUAUUAUCAACGCUGACAAGAUGUCAGGGAGGAGCAGAAAGUACAAGAUCAUCUUCAGCCCCCAAAAGUUCUAUGCUUGUGAGAUGGUGCUGGAGGAAGAGGGGGUCUUUGGUGAUGUCACCUGCGAUGAAUGGUCAUUCUACCUGCUGCCCCUGGAUGAAGACAUCAUCAGCAUGGAGCUGCCUGAGUUCUUCCGUGACUACUUCCUGGAGGGAGAUCACCGCUGGAUCAACCCCGUYGCCAGAGCCCUACAGUUGCUGAACUCCCUGUAUGGCCCUUUUGGGAAGACUUACGGCAUCGGCCGCUGUGCGAAGAUGAGCUACGAGCUGUGGCGGGACUUGGAGGAGGAGAGCGASAGCGAAGGCCAGGGCAGGAAGCCUGAGAUUGGACAUGUUUUCCUCAUGGACAGAGAUGUGGACUAUGUGACAGCGCUGUGCUCCCAGGUGGUCUACGAGGGGCUCGUGGACGAUACSUUCCGCAUCAAGUGUGGCAGCGUGGAUUUUGGGCCGGAUGUCACCUCUUCUGACAAGAGUAUUAAAGUGCUGCUCAAUUCCCAGGACAAAGUGUUCAGCCAGAUUCGCAAUGAGCACUUCUCCAGCGUGUUUGGCUUCCUGAGCCAGAAGUCACGGAACCUGCAGGCACAGUAUGAUCGGCGCCGGGGCAUGGACAUCAAGCAAAUGAAGGACUUUGUGUCCCAGGAACUGAAAGGACUGAAGCAGGAGCAUCGCCUGCUGAGUCUGCAUAUUGGUGCCUGUGAGUCUAUCAUGAAGAAGAAAACCAAGCAGGACUUCCAGGAGACCAUCAAGGCUGAACACUCACUGUUGGAGGGCUUUGACAUCCGUGAGAGUACCAGCUUCAUCGAAGAGCACAUUGACCGGCAGGUGUCCCCCAUCGAGAGCCUGCGCCUUAUGUGCCUCCUGUCCAUCACAGAAAAUGGUCUCAUCCCCAAGGACUACCGUUCCCUGAAAACCCAGUACCUGCAGAGUUACGGGCCCGAGCACUUGCUGACUUUCCACAACCUGAAGCGCAUCGGGCUGCUGACGGAGCAGUCAGCCGGGGAGACCCUGACGGCCGUGGAGAGCAAAGUCAGCAAGCUGGUGACAGACCGUGCUGCAGGAAAGAUCACAGAUGCGUUUAAUUCCUUGGCCAGAAAGAGUAAUUUCCGAGCCAUAAGCAAGAAGCUGGGGUUGAUCCCUCGUCUGGAUGGCGAGUAUGACCUCAAAAUGCCUCGGGACAUGGCGUAUGUUUUCAGUGGGGCCUAUGUGCCCCUGAGUUGCAAGAUCAUUGAGCAGGUGCUGGAGCGCCGGGGCUGGCAGGGCCUGGAGGAGGUGGUGCGGCUGCUCAAUGGCAAUGAGUUCUGUGUGUCAGGUAGUGGUAGGGGUGAGCUGGGGGUGGUGAGGGUGGGGAGUGGUAUGUCCUACAGCACUCUUCCCUAUGCAGACAGCGCUGUGGAAGACAACCCUGCCUGGGACUCCCAACGUGUUGUUCUCGCCGUYUUUCUGGGGGGCUGCACCUUCUCUGAGAUUGCAGCCCUCCGCUUCCUGGGGAAGGAGAGAGGGUGCAAGUUCAUCUUCCUGACCACGGCCAUCACCAACAGCGCCCGCAUGAUGGAGGCCAUGAUUGAGGCCAAGGCCUGAGGGAGGGUGCCGAGGGAAGCCUGCCAGUAAAGAGCUUUGCUGACCCCGACCCGGCCUGGCGCUGUGUGUGUGUGUGUGUGUCUGUGUGUGUGUGUGUCUGUGUGUGUGUGUGUCUGUGUGUGUGUGUGUGUGUGUGUGUGUGUGUGUGUGUGUGUCUCUGUGUGUG